GAUUAAACCUCUUAUCAGUGGUAUUGAGAUUAAGUGAGAAAAUCCUAUUAUAUCUCACACUUAAGCCCUGAAUUGAAUGCCAAAUACUUUUCAACAGUAAUUCAAUCGACAAAUUGUAUUAUAUUUUGUGUAAAACGUGUGAAUAGUUUAAAGUUUUAAUUAUUUGUUAAACACUUUUAUGUGUUUUUUAAUUAAGCGAUAGUUUUAUUUAUAAAAGUUAUACAUUUUUAUUAUAAUAAUAUCACUAAAUGUGUUGCGAAACCAUUUAAAUCCCAUUAUUUGACCCAUUGAUCACAAGUGAUGACCAAAUGGCCACUAAUUAUCACCGAAGACCACAACCGCCGGAAAACAGACCCUCGGCUUUGCUCUCGAAGGAAGAAAAUACGGUUCUCUUCGGUUUGUUAGGCAAGAAGUGUACGACACUGUCAUCAUCGGUGGUGCAGUUAUUGCUGACAGAACCUCCACAUCACUCGAAAUGGCAGAUCCGUUGCACAGGAGUUGUCUGUUUCGUCAAAGACAACCCCAAAAGAUCCUAUUUUAUUCGUGUCUAUGAUUUUGAUAGACAACAAUUGGUUUGGGAACAGGAGUUAUACAAUACAUUUCAAUACAAGACUCCCCGCGAGUUCUUUCACACAUUUGAGGCUCACGACUGUAUGGCUGGUCUCAACUUUGCCGACGAUAAAGAGGCCAAACUAUUCAAAGAUGCAAUCAAUGGAAAGUUGAAUGAGAGACAGAGAAGACAAGAGAAACGCAUUCAAAAUCAACAGAAUAUUCCUCAACCGACAAACACUGGCGUCAGUAUUCAGGUGCCAGCGAUUGCGGCAAAUCGUUCGCAGUCUCUGUCGUCACUACAAAGUCAUCCAAAGAAGUCGGGAAAGAAGGACAAGAAGAAGUUGACCAAAGAAGACAUCGGCGCCCCCUCUAACUUCCAACACAUCCAACACAUCGGUUGGAAUCCCAACACCGGUUUCGAUCUCGAGAACGUCGACCCAAACCUCCGACAGUUCUUCGCCGAAGCGGGCAUUUCUGAGGAACAGCUCGAAGACAAUGAAACACGAAAUUUCAUUUACGACUUUCUCGAGAAACACGGAGGCGUUGAGGCGGCCCUUCAAGAGAUCCGCGGACCCGCGCCGUCCGUCCCAUCCGUACCGCCGAAUGCCUCUCAUCCGGUGCCACAACUUCCACACCACCCGCCCGUCCAUCACAACCACAACCCACCGGCCGCUCCAAACAUACCAUCGCACGCACCGCCGCCUCCACCACAGCAGCCGUCGUCUUAUUUGCACAGCAGUCGGUCCCCCCAUAAACCCAAUGCACCGCCGAUACCAUCGACACCAUCGAUGCCCACCACAGCUCCCCCUCCGCCGCCUCCACCGAUGCCUAGUUCUGCGCCACCGCCUCCUCCGCCGCCACCCAUGCCAUCGAUGGGAGGCGGAGGACCACCACUGCCGCCACCGAUGGCUGGUUUGCCACCACCGGCUCCGGCAUCGAGUUUGCCUCCCGUGACAGACACCCGAACAGCGCUCAUGGAUCAGAUCCGAAAGGGAAGACAAUUACAGCACGUGGAGCCCGACUCGGACUCCAACAAAAGCAAUAACUCCAAUAGCAAUAGCGAUGAUCCGCGCAAUGCUCUCAUGAAUCAAAUCAAACACGGAGUGGGUCUCCGGCCGGUGGAGGACCGGCCCCUCAAACCCAUGCAAAAGAAAACCGAUGAGACGGGAGGUCUGAAGGAAGCGCUAAUGCGGGCGAUGAACGAGAGGUCGCGAGCCAUCAAUAGGACAGACGACGAGAGCGACGGCGACUCCGGCGAUGGCGGCAGUGAUGGAGACGAAUGGGACGAUUAG